AAUUAUGAGACUACUUUUCCUGUUUUCUGGUCUCGUCAGAACGCACCCGUGAUGCAAACUAGGAGACCAAUACUCGUCAUUCUGUGCGUUUUGCUGUUUCAAAAAGUUGCAGCAUUCUCAAAGCGAUCACAGAGAAACACGAAAUCGCAAUAUACUUGUAGCGUUUCUGAUUUAGAUGAGAAAAGCCUAAAGGUUGUCUUUCAAUUCAAAUGUGACUGUCAAGGCACACCCCACACGGAUAAAUGGACAUAUGAUUGCAACGGUAUACUCACCACGGCCAAGAAUACAAUACAGAAGCUUGACUCAAAAAUAAACAUUAUUGAAGUUUUGGACUUAUCCUCGAAUAAUAUAUUCAAAUUAAAAAAUGAUGUAUUUUCAGAUGACCAAAUCAGUCAGCAUCUAACUGUUCUACGACUUUCAAAAAAUAUUAUAAAGAAACUUACAAAACCAG